GUAGCCGUUGGAAAAGGUUUCUCUUAGAAGAAAAAAAAACGAACAGAAAAGAAGUACCGAAAAUGAAAUUCCACGCCGCCCUGUGUCUGACGGUACUGCUCUGUCACACCGUCUGCGGUGAUCCCUUUCAUCGCCAUCGUCAUUCCAAACGAGACUCCAACUAUCAGGAGCUCGAACGGUACUUCAACAGUUUGGUCGAAAGAGAACAGCACCCGGCAUUAGCCGCUAGCCAAAACCAAGCGGACAUCAGCGAUUUGGAGGAUCUAUUGGAGAGGUACGGAGUGGACGCGAACGAGGACGAGGAGAGCGUGAAGCAGUACGACCAAGAUUUCCUCGAUCGGUACACCUCCGAUUUGGAAGCCGACGAGCAGAACGACAAGAAAAUCGUCUACAAUACAAGAUUGAGCUACGCAAUGCCGCUGGUACGACCGCAGGGUGGAAAUAAUGGCCGUGUAAAGGGGGGAGUUUGGAGGGAGGAGAACCACCAGCCUGGUCGGUACCACGCGAACCAAGCGAGGAGGAACUUCCGGGAUUUCCGGCCGUGGGGACGAGAAGGGGAAAACUUUAGGUACUAAAUGUAAGUACUAAUUCGGGAUUCUUAAUUGUUG